AUGGGAGCAAUAAAUCUUGAAAAAAUUAAUGUGCUAGAUGCUAUCAAUUUUAUUAAUGCUGCUUGGAAUAUUGAUGUGAAGACAACAACUAUUGCAAAUUGUUUCAAACAUUGCAAACUUCGAUCCGAGGAAGGUAUGCCUCUAGAACAAGAAAUUGGUGACGUUGAAAGGAUUCAUGCACUUGAAGAAGUUAUUUCUAAUCUGCACUAUAGAAAUGCCAUAAACAUUGAGCAGAUUUUGAAUUAUCCUAGUGAAAAUAAAGCUUUAAUGGAAUCGCCAACAAAUAAAAAAAUUAUUGAAAGAGUAAUGGGUGUGCCAGCUAAUGACAAUCAAGAUCUAGAUGAUAGUAAUGUUUUACUACAUGUUUCUCCAAAAGAGGCUUUUCUUGCGGUGAAGACUUUGAAAAAUUACUUGUUUCAACAUGAGAAAAAUAUACCAUUAUGGUCUAUGCUUUGCAAAAGGUUAAAGAUGAAAUUGAAUUUAGUUCACCUGCAAAGAAGAAACAAUUGA